GUCCCUACAUUUCAAAACUAUUUAUACCAUAUCCCUGCUCCUAGAAUCAUCACUGCCCCGGUACUUUCCUUCUAGCUCUUGACUUUUCCAGCUGUUUUGCAAUGGCUUCCAAAGGCAUGCUCCUUCUCUUUGCAACCAUUCUCCUUUUCACUGCGAGGGCUUCAUCACUUGAUCAUCAUGACGAACUCAAGAUUAAGAUUAAUUAUGUCAAGGCAACAGCUCCACCACCUCUAUCCAAGGCUCCAGCGCCGCCGCCUCUUGUGGCCAAACCACCCACUCCACCAAUUGCCAAGCCGCCAACUCCACCACUUACCAAGCCAUCACCACCAAUUCACAAGCCACCAACUCCACCACUUACCAAGCCAUCACCACCAAUUCACAAGCUCCCUACUCCUCCCCUUGCCAAGCCACCAACUCCACCACUUACCAAGCCACCAACUCCACCACUUACCAAGCCAUCACCACCAAUUUACAAGCCACCUGCUCCUCCACUUACCAAGCCACCAUCUCCUCCGCUUGCCAAGCCACCAUCUCCUCCGUAUACCAAGCCAACUCCUGUCAUCCCACCAGUGAAGCCACCAACUCCGGUCAUCCCCCCAGUGAAUCCACCAAGUCCUGUCAGUCCCCCAGUGAAGCCACCCACUUAUCCACCGCUUCCCCCGGUUAGGUCCAAAGCAGAUUGCAUCCCACUGUGUGACAAGAGGUGCAUGCUGCAUUCAAGGAAGAGGGUGUGCAUGAGAGCUUGCACGACGUGCUGCGACCGCUGCCGCUGCGUUCCUCCGGGAACAUUCGGCAACCGGGAAAGAUGCGGCAAGUGCUACACCGAUAUGGUCACCCAUGGCAACAGAAGCAAGUGCCCUUGAAUUUAAUAGAGAGAGAGAGAGAGAGAGAGGAAAAUAAAUGGUUUUCUUCCUGUCCUUUCUAAUUUCUACUGCUUACCGCAUGUGUAAUGGAUUGGAUAAUUAUUUAUUAUUAGUACUAGUAUGGCCCUAGGGUUUUAAAUUUCAAAUGUCAUGUAGCGGAUGAUAUUAUAUAUUACUGUACUUUUGAAGAUUUGGUAACAAUAUUUAUAGUGCUUAAUUACUCUAAUGAAUAACAUGUCGUGCUUGUCGGA